AUGUCCAAGAAGGAUGUGGCGUGUUUCUGGAUCGUACUGCUCCUGUGCCAAGAGCUACGGACCGACCCGAUCGCAGAGAUGGGACCGUCCUCCGGCAUCCUGAUUCAAGAGACACCAGGGUUCAUCUUGACAAAGAAGAGGAUCCUGACCCGACAUGUGUUCGUCAGCUUGGACCCCAAGAUUUCCAUCGAGAAGGCAUACAACAUUUCAUCGAUGCAGCUUCCUGAGUUACAGACUUGGUACCAGAUGCACCUCCAAAGAGCACAGGACCGUGUGCGAAACAUCUUGGAGCAAGCCCGGAAACCAUUUGUAUCCAGUUCUAUUCCGAUGAGCAACCGACCCAAAAGGUUCCUCACCGCUAUAAUUGUUGCAUUAGUUUGUGCCACUGUCGGUGCAGUUGUCGCAACUGGAAUGUCUGCAGCCAACUCUAUUACUGUCCAAAAGCUGGAUAUGGAAAUCUAUGCGCUAAAGCAACACAUUAACGAUAUUCAUCAGGUGAUAACCAGCAAAGAACACUUCUCCAAGACGUGUUAACUAUUGUGGAAGACACAGUUGUUACAACAAAUUUGCAUUCGGAAUUAAUUGCCAAAUCCACUGAGUUGCACCAAAGUCAUGACUUAUUUAAGCGUGAACUUCUAUUUCUGCAUGACCCAAUAUUGUUCCACACACUUGCUUUUCUCGACGAAGUGCAAACUGGAAUGAUCGAAUUGGCAGGGGGACGCAUACCUCUGUACUUGGUAUCCAAGGAUAUUGUUCAUGCGAUGCUUGCCAAUGUGGAUGGAGAGACAAUUGAGCCUAUGCAAUUAAAUCUGGCCUUUGAGAUGGGGAGCGCUAUACCUCUCU